CCUCCUUCAACCUCCCAUCAAUACAUCUAGCGAUUUGGCCCGGAAUACACGCACAUAGCUACCACACACACAUACGCCGAACAUCUGCAUUGCACACUUGCUAUCACGAAGCGGUAAAGCAAAAAUGUCAGGACCUCAGCAGGGACCGCCGCAAGGUGGUCCACUUCCUAUGCAGUUCGCGCCAGGACAGCAGCCUACGUUCGAGCAGAUCCAGCAGAUGCAGCAACAAUUGGCUGCUGAAGCGCAAAAGGCCGGCCUCACGGUUCCCCAGUACGUCGAGCGGAUGAAAGCGCAGAUGAUGCAGCAAGCGCGAAUGCAGCAGCAACAGGCACAAGGCGCGCAGCCCGGACAGCAAGUGCCAAUUCAGCCAGGCCCGCCCAAACCCGAAGCAAUCGCCGUCGCAAACUUCCUGAUGUCACAAGAUCUGAAGAUGAGGACAUGUGUCUUCCAAGAGCAGAGGAAAGAUAUGUUCAAGGUGAAGCGCGCGAUCAGGGCACUACAGUCAGAGGCAUACGUAAAGGCACGCAAGAAGAAUUCUCUUCUUCCCGAGGUCAAGGAUCGAGUGACGGCGGAGAACACGUUCAAGCUUCUACCAAUGUCGUUUUUGGCGCUCCGAGUCAGCAAAGUUGAUGAGAACCACGGACACGAGGGCCAUAAUCAUGCUAAGAAAAAGCGUGUCAAGGGUCUCUGGACUGUCAAGGUUGAGCAGCAACAAGAAGCUGCCGAUGACAUGUACUACACCUGGCUCUACCAAGGUUCUCAGUGGAAGCGGAAGCUGCAGGCUGGUGGAGCUCUUUUCGGAAUUCUUCUGGUUGUCUUCUUCCCUGUCUGGCCUGUCAAGCUGCGCAUCGGUGUCUGGUAUCUGAGUAUGGCCCUGCUGGGCUUGCUUGCCUUGUUCUUUGCCAUGGCCAUAUUCCGACUCAUCCUGUUCUUGAUCACAUUCUUCACUGUCUCCCCCGGACUCUGGCUCUACCCAAAUCUAUUCGAAGACGUGGGCUUCUUCGAUUCGUUCAAGCCACUCUGGGCAUGGCAUGAGAGUGAGAAAGAGAUGAAGAAACGUAAGAAAGAUGAGAGGAUAGCGAAGAAGGAACGUCGGGCUGCUAGAGAGCGAGGCGAGCUACCCCCGAGUAAGGAAAGCAAGAAGAAUAAGGCAAAACAGGAUGAGCCCGUGCCCGUACCUCAACCUGUCGCAGCAGCGCCUGCUGCUACUGGUGCAGAGGCUACUCGGUCCGAGAACCUCCAACAUCGCAACAUGAAUGCUCGCGUGGAAGAGGUCGAGGACGAAUAGGAAACUGUACUGGAAUGAUCUGUCACAGCGAAGGCGUUGCGGAGUCUGUCAGGACGGCGAGACUGGGUUUGAAAGCACUUUGGGGCUUAUGCACGAUAUGAUAGUCACUGGCGUUCCGCACGUACUGUGGUUGCUGACUAUGAGGCAAGGCAGAAUCAAUCCGAGCUUACGCAAG